AUGCCACCCGCAGCAGGCGCAGCAGCAGAAGGGGCUGCGGCUCUAGCACUGUGGGCAGCGGCAGGGGAGCGAUUCGGGGAACAUGUCUCAGGGCAUGGGGCAGCAGACAAUGGGGCCACAGGCCAUGGGACAGCAGGCUAUUGGGCAGCAGGGAUGGCAGCAGGGGGGGGCGCAGGGAUGGCAGCAGGGGGUGCAACAGGGGGGCGCACAGGGGGGCUUGUAUGUGGGUCCGGGCCUCACAGGUGCCGCUGCAAGGUGGGGCGGUGUAUGCAGGCGGAGCAGGUGGAGGGUUUGCGGCUGCAGGAGCAGCGCUGGCGGGGCAGGCAGGAGCUGCGCAACCGUAUCCCGUUCGAAAACCAGCACGCAAGAAAGGAGGGUUCUGUAGCUGCUUUGGCAUUUGAGACCUCCACCUUUUCUGCUUUUGAAGAUUUGACACUACCCGGUGAACAACCCCUCUCUCUACUCUUCCGCAUUCCCGCCGCCAUGGUCGUAAGCUCGCCAGUGGGCUUCGAGCUCCUCGGCUGCUUCAACGUAUCGGCCACAUUCGAGCGCGAGGGGCAGCGCAUCGGCCAGCCGAAAAGCCACGUCGCAGUCGUCAGCAUCCCUCGGAGCCGCGUUCCCGCCGGAGGCGGCCCGAUAAGCCUAUCCAGCCCCAGCCCCGGCACUGGAGAUAGUAUCGAGGAUGCUGUUGACGGGGCUACUGUUGAUGAUGGCGGCGGUACCGCAAUGGCGCUGCUGUUCGUCGCGAAAGCAGGUUUCACGAAUGCCGUUGCUGCUGCGGGGACCGCGUUCGCCAUCAACGACAUGGGGAGGUUCCGAAUGAAAUUCAUUCACGAGGCACGUGUAGUUUCCGCGCGCUUCAUGAGCAUCCAGCAAUUCGAGCGUUACGCGUGCAAACGGCACCUGCUGAUGAAGUUGCUCUGGCAGCGGUUUCAUCCCGCGUUUAAUAGGCGCUCGCGCGCGCUGCGAGGAAAGUUCUCCUUCGAGGUGCGCGGCGAAGGGCCCGGCGGGAACACGCUGGUGCUGUGCAGUGUGAGUCACGGGCAGCUUCCGCAGGACGUGCGGCGGCUUGCGCAAUUCAUCUCCGACAUCAAGAUCGGCAAGGCGCCCGGCAUGCCGCACAAAUGCGUCGCGUGCGGCUUGAAGGAUAAGGCGGAGGUGGACAAGAAGCGCAAGCAGGAGGAGGUGAGAGCAAGCUGCCUCGCUGCUACUCCCGUAACCGCUUCUUUAGAGAGCCCCGUGCCUGUUACGGUUCUCGUUCAUUUCGCCGUGAGAUGUGAUCGUGCGUCCCCGUUGACCCGGGCGUUGGAGGGGGAAUCGCAGGAGGAGCGGGAGGCGCGGCAGAAGCAGGAGCGCGCGAUGAAAGAGCUGCAGAAGAAACUCAAGGAGGUGGAGAGGGACAGAGACGACAUGGAUCGAAUACGCGAGGCGCUCGGCAAGGAGCUGAAAGAGCGCGGCGAGAUUAUCCGAGACCUUCAGGAGAAGCUCAAGGAGAAAGCGGCGGCUGCCGCCAAGGAGGCGGAGAAGCGACGCGAGGAGGAGUCGCGACGCGCGCGGGAAGAGAGCGCGGCGAGAGAGGCCGCGUGGCGGGUGAAGGAGGCGGAGAUACGGCGGGCGAUGGAGGAGGAGUUUCGGGUGAAGCGAGAAGAGGAGCAGCGCGUGCGGCACGCGGCGGAGAUGCAGCGGUGGGCGCGGGAGCAGCAGAAGGCGAAGGAGGCGGAGGAGCUGCGGCGGAAGCUGCAGGAGGAGGAGGGGAAGCGGAUGUUCGAGGCCAUGUCGCACCGGGAAGAGAUGGCCAAGAUGAAGGCGGAGGGUCCCCCGCCUCCGCCUCCCCCGAAGGAUGCCCCGGCGGAGGUGCUCUCGCGGUACAGCACCCUGCUGCGCGAGCGCGAGGCGCGCAUGCGCGCGGCGUUCACGGCGGCGGCAGCGGAGAUCCGGCGCGCGGAGAUGGAGCUGCGGAAGAAGCGCACGGAGGAGGAGAGGCGGCGGAAGGCGGAAGAGGCGCGGCGGGGCAAGGCGGAGAGCGCGCGGCAGAAACGGGAAGAGGCGAUGCAAGCGGAGAGGAUGAGAGAGGAGGAGGAGAGGAAGCGGGCUCAAGCGGAGGAGAUGAGGAAGCGGGAGGAGGAGAGGAAGCGGAUGGAGGAGGCGGAGAAGGUGAGAAAGGCGCAGGAGGAGGUGCGGCGGAAAGCAAUGGCGGAGGAGAGUGCCCUCGCUGCGAAGCAGAAGUGGCUGGAGGAGCAGUACCGCUUGCGACAAGCAGCCGCACCCAUGACCUACGAGCAAUACGAGAACCGGCUGCGGCAGAUCAAGAAUUCAGCCGGCAGUGCCAACGUGCCUCUGCACUUCUGGGACAUCCCCUGGCCGCCCGAGGGCAACUGCCUCUUCCUCUCCCCCACCGACGAUGCCGGGUUGAAGAAGAGGAAGUUCAAGGAUGCGCUGCUCUUCUGGCAUGCUGAUAAGUUUGUGGCUUUCUGUGGGUCUCGGCUUGUGGAGGAUCACAAGGAGGUGAUUCUGAAAAAGGUUGCUCGCACGAGCAGCAUGGCCAGGAACCCACCGCGGUCGCAGCCCGAAAUCAUCGUGCUGUCGUCCGACGACGAGGACGACAAGAACGACGUGCGCGUGCGACAGAAUGCUCGCUCGCUAGGUGGAGCUCGAAAUAACAGGUCACGUUUACCUCCCAGAGACAUCAAGCCAGACGUUGGGGAGGUUGCGGGGACGACACGCAACCAUGGAGGAAGUAGUUCCUAUCAAGCUAAUGGUAUUGAGCCGCGCGGGAGGGUUCGAGGAGUCCCGCGCGUAGAAGUCAAGACGGAAAAGCACGAGGACGCGGAGGGUGGUGGAGAUGAUAGGGAGAUGAGAAGGGAGAAUAUGAGAGAGGCGCGGACGGAAAUGGCGACGGCAGCGGAAGCAGCGACGCGAGGCACGGGUAGUGGAUCGCCAAGGCUCGUGCGUCGCAACCAGAAUCGCAACCAGCGUUGCAACCACCAUCGCUGCCAACAUUGUUGCAGACAUCUCGCUUUUCGGAAUGGCAGACCGGUGUUUCGUUCACGGUGCCACGGCGGCAACGGGCGUCGCGAUCGGGAUAUGCGAACUGCGCGACAGGCAGGCGACCGUGGUGUCAAGAGGAAACGGCUACUUGAUCCGAAUGAGAGGAGCCGCGAGGGAAGGGAGGGGAGGAGGAGACGAGAGACAGCAGAAGGAGCAGGUCACGGUGGGGAGGAGGAAGGUUCGAUGCUAGGAGCGGUAGGUGGGGUGAAGGUGGAGGAUGAGGAAGCGGAGGAGAAAGAGGGAGCCUGGGAGGUGCCUGGGGGGUUGGCAAGAGGCGGCGGAGAGGCUUUGUCGCCUGGUGAUGUGCCGCGUGGCGACGAGAGGAGAGGAGCGAUGGAGGAGGCGGGGUUUGAUGAUGAGCUGGAAGAGGGCGAGGUUGUUGGGGACGACUAUGAUGAGGAGGAAGAGGAAGAGGAGGAGGAAGAAGAGGGGGAGGGAGAUGGAAGGGGUGAUGAUGAAGGAAGAUGUGUGGAGGACGAAGUGGUAAGGAAAGGGGAGGACGCCUGGUUGAGCGAGGGGGAGGACGAGGAUGAUGGCGUGGAAGGGAAAGGAGAGGAUGAGGAGAAGAGGAGUGUGGAAGAGAAAGGACGCGGGGAGGAGAAGGACGGAGAGAAGGAGGGGGUGAAGGGGCGAACGGCAAAGGCGAAAGGCGGGGGUGGCUGCGAGGGUGAUGCAGGGAGAGGACGAGACUGUGGAGGGAGGGAGGAUGCAGAACGAAAGGGAGGGAAGGAGGAUGCAGUUAGAGUGAGGGGAAAAGAGGAUGCACGUGCUUCUGUGGGUCCCGCAAGGGCAAUAAACGAUGCGGCAAGGGAUGGAGCGAUUGGCGGAGCACUGAUCGGAGUACAAGUGAAGGAUGAGAGCAUAGAGGUGGGGGCCGAGGAGCGUGAGUGUCAGGGAAAGCGGGGAAGAGGCGAGGGUGCGAGCGAAAGCAGUGUGGGGAAGCGUGCGGGAGAGGCAGGGGGGCGUGAGUGUACGGAUGGGAAGAGGAGGAGAGAAGAAAGGGACUUGGGUGAGGAGAAGGGCAGGGAGAUCGAGGGCAGGGGGAAUGCGGGCGGAGGAACAACAGGUGAGAACGUAAAGAGAAGGAAAGAGAGCGAGGAGAGGGCGGAGAAGGGAGUGAGGGAGUCGAGUGGAGGAAGGCAGCUGGAGGCGAAGCCAGGAGCAUGCAUUCCCCAAAGCCAUGGGCGAAAAGCGGGGGCGUCAGAGGCUGGUGCCGCGGUUGUGGGGCGAGAUGGUGAGGGUGGGGGCUUGUCGUCGGCUCCUGGUGCUCUGGCUACUCCUAAAGUGCCACAGAAGUCCGCUCCUAAUGCUCUGGCAACGAAGUCCGCUUCUGGUGUGCCCGCAACUUCUAAAGUGCUUCAGAAGUCCGCUCCUGGUGCCCUGGCAACUUGCAAAGGGCCUCAAAACUCCGCUCCUGGUGUUCAGGCAACUUCGAAAGUGCUUCAGAAUUCCGCUCCUGGUGCCAUGACAACCCCUAAAUGGCCUCAAAACUCUGCUCCUGGUGCUGCCCCUGUCCCUGCCUCUGUCCCUGCCGCUGCCCGUGCCGCUGGCCCUGCCGCUGCUUCUGCCUCUGCCCGUGCUUCUGCCCCUGCCCCUGCCCCUGCUCCUGCCCCUGCCCCUGCCCCUCCCUCUGACCCUGCCGCUGCUUCUGCCCCUACCGCUGCUUCUGCCUCUGCCCCUCCCUCUGCCCCUACCUCUGCCCCUGCUCCUGCCCCUGCCCUUGCCUCUGCCUCUGCCUCUGCCCCUACCUCUGCCUCUGCUCGUGCCUCUGCCUCUGCCCCUGCCUCUGCCGCGGACACACACCCAGACCUUAAACCAGAAUCCCACGCAACGCCAGACGCACAGCCAGAUGCAAGUACUGGUCCUGCUGCUGGUGGUGGUGGUGGCUGUGGCAGGGAUACUGCUGGGGGGGCUGAAUCUGCCUUGGGAAGUCACAGCAAUGCAGUGGCAGCUUUGGAAGGUACGAGACUGAGAGUCGUGCUGAAGCCAGCCGGUGCACGCACCGAAUCCCACAGCACUGAUCGCAGAGUGGGGGAGGAGGCAGGGGGAGGGAACCAGGCAGCAGCGGCAACGCUGCUCGUGAAACCAGAGGCAGCGAGUGAGGAUGAGGGUGAGGAUAGCGAGGAGGAACGGGAGGAGGAUGAGGAGGAAGGCGCAGGGAGUUGGGAGGAGGGAGAAGAUGAGGAAGAGGAUGAGGAGGGGGAGGAAGAGGAGGGGUGCGGAGUGGUGGGUGCAGGGCGGGAGUCGGGGAGUGGGCUGGAGGGAGUGGUGGUGCCGUCUGCGCGUUUGAUGCUGCAGCCUGUGGUGAAGCAGGAGCAGUGCGCAAUGGAUGCUGGAGAGAGCGUCUUGGAGAGGAAUGCAAGGCAGCAGCGCAGUGGUGUUGCUGAUGAGCCGUUGCUGGAACGGCCCUGCGAAGCAUUGCAGUCUCUGCAGGUGCCGCCGGUGCAGCUGUUACAGUUGCCGGGGGGGUUGAGUGGAGGCGGGUAUAACGAAGUGUCUGCAGGAGCAGGGGCAUCAGGGGGAGGAGGGGCAGCAGGGGGGGAAGGGGGAGCAGGGGGGGCAGGGGGAGCAGAGGGGGCAGGGGGAGCAGCGCUGGCACUGCCGUGGGGGGAUUGGGAGGCGCGGGUGCGAGUGCUGCGGAAGCAGCACAUGCUGUUCGAAACCAAGGACGUGGAUGGGGAGCAGGCGGAGGUGAACAGCCAGCUACUCCCCCGGGACAUCAUAGGGCAUGUGCGGGGCGUGCCUGUAGGCUCUACCUUCCCCUCUCGCCUGCACCUCGCAGUGGUGGGCAUGCACACAAAGCACAUGAGCGGGAUUGACUUUAUCCCCGCCUCCCGCUGCCCGUUUAGAGAGCAUGUGACGACGUGUAUUGUGAUGUCGGGAGGGUAUGAAGACGAUGAGGAUCAAGGGGAGGAGUUUUGGUAUACUGGGCAGGGGUCUGGGAAUCAGAAGCUGGUGCGGGGGAAUCUCGGGCUCGCGAAUAGUUAUUUUCUGCAGCUGCCCGUGCGGGUGGUGCGCGGGCAGGUGGACUGGCAGGGGCGGAAGGUGUAUGUGUAUGAUGGGUUGUACCAUGUCCAUGACUUUGCGCAUGUGGUGGGGAAACAGGGGUGGUAUGUGUACCGGUUUAAGAUGGUGAGGGACCCAGGGCAGCCGGAGCUCAAGUCACAGUUGGCAACUGCUCUUGGGUCUUCAAUUCUGCCUGGAUCUGUUCCAUCUCCCUCCCUCUCCCCUUCCACUCCUCCAUCCCCCAAGCCAAGCCCCAUGGCAGUAGGUGAACCGUCACCUGCUCCCCCUCUCACACCCUCUCCCCCUCUCACGCCCUCUCCCCCGCCGCCUCAGCACCCCUCUGCCACUCCAGUGUCAGCUGUUUCCUCUGCUCUUCCCUCGGCCCUUCCCGCUUUGUUUCCCUCAACCCUUCCAUCUGCGCUUCCUUCUGCUGCUCUUGCAACAGCCCGUGCUGCAGCCGCUCACGCAGGCAAACCACAUGGGCCUUGGCUAGGGCAGGCAUCUGCUCCAUCUCGCCUCGUUCUCCCCUCUCAUGCCGCCACCGCACCUGCUACUGCUCGUACUGCUGCCCCUGCUCGUAUCUCUUCCUCCUCAUCCGCACCCUCCGCUUCUGCUGCUGCUGUUUCUCCAAACGCACCCCGUGCUGCUCGACUGCCUCUCCUGCUCCCACGCCCACCCAUCAUCCAGCGAACAGUCAUUGAAUUACCCCCUCCUGUGGCUGCUCCUGCUCUGUCUGCAACUGUAGCCUUCCCGUCUGCUGCUCCCUCCCUCUCCGCGCCCACCAUUCCCUCUGCGAGCUCUCUUAUUGGCCUCUUUGGUUUGCGCGAACCAUCCUUUGGUUUCUCCUCGUCUUGA